AUGAGUAAGAACCACUGGACCAGAGGAAAACAUGGAUGGCAGACGACAGAUGAAGGGAAGGUUGUUCUGCCAGCCACAGUGGCCGACACUUUGCUAAAUGAGCUCCAUGAAUCCACCCACCUAGGAGAAAAGAGGAUGACGGCCCUGCUACGGCCCCACUUUGUCAGCAGAGAAUUAGCCCAGAAGGCCCGGGACAAAGUGAGACGGUGCCCCACCUGCCUCAAGGUAAAUGCGAAUCGGGUAACUGGACCCCCAGGGGUCCGAUACAGGGGACUGACUCGCGGAGAACACUGGGAACUGGACUUCACCGAAAUGAAACUAGGCAUGUAUGGUUACAAAUAUCCGUUAGUUUUCAAAGACACAUUCUCAGGGUGGGUGGAAGCAUACCCUACUAAAAAGGAAACAGCUGAGGUAACAGUAAAGAAGCUCCUGACUGAGAUAGUUCCCCGAUUUGGCUUGCCCUUAGCCCUGGGGUCCGACAGGCCAGCUUUCACAGCUAAAGUGUCUAAACUGAUUAGCCUAAGCAUUGGAAUUAGAUGGAAUUUACAUUGUGCUUACAGACCUCAAAGUUCAGGACAGGUAGAAAGAGCUAACAGAACACUAAAAGAGAUUUUAACUAAAUUGAGCCUAGAGACUGAAUUAAGUUAGGUCGAGCUUCUCCCUUUUGCUCUGUUGCGUAUUCGAUGUACUCCCAAGCCUCCUCUGAAUCUGUCACCCUUCCAAAUUAUCUAUGGGCGUACUCCCCCCUUGGUUCCCCAUAUAGACUUGGAAUUAAAGGAGAAGUUCUCUCAUUUGAGGUUGCUUAAGUGUCUGAGAGCUUUACAUGAAAUACAGUCUCAACUACAAAACCAGGUUAGAGGAUCUCUGACCCUUCCUCAUGAGAAAUCUCUACAGCCACUGCCCUAUAAGCCGGGAGAACUGGUUUAUAUUCACAGGUUUGACUCCAAGACCUUGGAACCACGGUGGAAGGGGCCUUUUCCAGUUGUUCUGUCUACUCCUCUAGCUGUGAAGGUUGCGGGACACCCGACAUGGAUCCAUCGCAACCACCUCAAAGCCGGACCGGACAACAGUCCAGAGGCACACAGAAAACGCAGUGUCAUCAGCAAACCCAGAGAAUUGAAAGUAAAACUCCAUUCAACUGGACCUUCAUUAUGAUCUGGGUGAUUUCCCUUGGGACAAUAAUAGCGUUGUCCAAAGAGAACUUAGGUCAUACUAAAAAUGUUUGGGUGCAAUUAGCCAAAUCCUUAAAUUUGUCUGAAAUAUGUUUAAAUGCUGAUGUGAAUUUUCAUUAUGUGCUUGGAAGUUGUUUGGUUCCAGUAUGCACCCCACUUUGAAAGUAUUAGACCAUAUACUAUGUUUAAAAAUUUCCCACAAGUAAAUCUCAGUUAUUUGGAUAGCUACAAUUGGGGACAGGUGACAUGUUACAAAGCAAAGAAUGCUAUUAAGCUAUAUACCCCUCGAGUAGCUAUGUCCAAUAAGACUCUCUGUGCCAAAUAUAAAGGUUGUACUUCCCAGUGUUUAAAUCUUAAACAAACA